UGUGCUGAAUUCCAGCUGUGCCCGUGAUGAGAGAAAAUGAUGCCCAGGAUGGGCUCUGCCGCCCGCAGGCUGCGGAGAGGCCCACACUGCACACGCGCAGACCCGGCGUCCGCGUCAAAACACCGGCAGACAGCUCGCUGCCCAUGUCCUGCGCGCCCGGCUGCCAGGCGUUCCUAGGCUGGGCCGCGACUCCCGCCGGCCUGGGGCAGACGAGCUCACGUCUGACCGGCGAUGCCCCGGGAGAUCAUCACCCUGCAGCUUGGCCAGUGCGGCAACCAGAUUGGGUUCGAGUUCUGGAAACAGCUGUGUGCUGAGCAUGGCAUCAGCCCCGAGGGCAUCGUGGAGGAGUUCGCCACUGAAGGCACUGAUCGCAAAGACGUCUUUUUCUACCAGGCAGAUGAUGAGCAUUACAUCCCCCGGGCUGUGCUGCUGGACCUGGAGCCCCGGGUGAUCCAUUCCAUCCUCAACUCCUCCUAUGCCAAGCUCUACAACCCAGAGAACAUCUACCUGUCUGAGCACGGAGGAGGAGCUGGCAACAACUGGGGCAGGGGUUUCUCACAGGUGUCAGUUCCGGAGUUCCUUGGUAAUCCUAGCUGGGAUAAGGGUGAGAAAAUUCAUGAGGACAUCUUUGACAUCAUAGACCGAGAAGCAGAUGGAAGUGACAGUCUAGAGGGCUUCGUGCUGUGCCAUUCCAUUGCUGGAGGGACAGGCUCUGGUCUGGGCUCCUACCUGCUAGAGAGACUGAAUGACAGGUACCCCAAGAAACUAGUGCAGACAUACUCGGUGUUUCCCAACCAGGACGAGAUGAGCGACGUGGUGGUGCAGCCCUACAACUCCCUCCUCACCCUAAAGCGGCUGACCCAGAAUGCAGACUGCGUGGUGGUGCUGGACAACACAGCACUGAACCGGAUCGCCACAGACCGCCUGCACAUCCAGAACCCAUCCUUCUCCCAAAUCAACCAGCUGGUGUCCACCAUCAUGUCAGCCAGCACCACCACCCUGCGCUACCCUGGCUACAUGAACAAUGACCUCAUCGGCCUCAUCGCCUCGCUCAUUCCCACCCCUCGGCUCCACUUCCUCAUGACUGGCUAUACACCGCUCACCACGGACCAGUCAGUGGCCAGUGUGAGGAAGACAACAGUCCUGGAUGUCAUGAGGCGGCUGCUACAGCCCAAGAACGUGAUGGUGUCCACAGGCCGGGAUCGCCAGACCAACCACUGCUACAUCGCCAUCCUCAACAUCAUCCAGGGAGAGGUGGACCCCACCCAGGUCCACAAAAGCCUGCAGAGGAUCCGGGAAAGGAAGUUGGCCAACUUCAUCCCCUGGGGCCCAGCCAGCAUCCAGGUGGCCCUGUCAAGGAAGUCCCCCUACCUGCCAUCAGCCCACCGGGUCAGCGGGCUCAUGAUGGCUAACCACACCAGUAUCUCCUCGCUUUUUGAAAGUUCCUGCCAGCAGUAUGACAAACUAUGGAAGCGGGGGGCCUUCCUCGAGCAGUUCCGUAAGGAGGACAUCUUCAAAGACAACUUUGAGGAGAUGGACAGGUCCAGGGAGGUGGUACAAGAGCUCAUUGAUGAGUACCAUGCUGCUACACGGCCAGAUUAUAUCUCCUGGGGCACCCAGGAGCAGUGAUUAUAGUCUCCCACUAUGCCUGGACCCUCACAACCUUAUCUUGCGUUUCUAGGUGCGUGACUACCGCUGCUCCUAUCUUCUCUUGCAUGCCUAGUUCUUAUUUUGCUUGGUUACGUUUAAUAAAAUAAUAAAGCUUGAUGAUGAA